GGGAUUAUUACAGUAGUAUAUAUAAAUGUAUUUAUGAUGCCGUUUUUGAUUCAGUGAUAUUUGUCGCUGUUUUAAUCUCAUGUAUUGAUGAAAAUUAUUUUAACUCUCAUACGUUUGGAUACAUUUUCCUCUCUGCAUACAUAGUACUACUAUAAUAGCAGUACAAUAUACAUUUUUAACUUAAAUUUUUGUACUCGUUUUUUGCAGUUAAAAGAAAAAAAAUCGUUGCUUCCUGAAAAAAUCUCGAAAUUACAAUCAAGGUUUGAAGAAUUACAGGAACGCAAUGACAAAUUACGAAAUGAACGUAAAGAAAUAAAACAAAAGCUGGAGGAAGCAAUGUCCGAGUUGACAAAUGUAAGAAAACUAAACGAACGACUGCAAACGGUGUUGAUCGAUAAAACUAACGAAUGCGAAGAUAAGAACAACGCUGAAAACCAUAUUGACUGCCAAUAUCAACAUGCAGUAUGAAAAUAAUUUUCCACCAAUUGGGACAAGACAGUCUAAUGGGAUGAUCCACAUUGGGCGAAACGAGUGGAUUAGUGAAAUUCACUAUAACAGAGUGUGCAACUCGUCGAAAACUCCUCGCCAAUUUGCAAGUAACAUUAUUUUCCCUGUUUUCGACAAUGAAUUGCUCAUGACUAGCACCGUUACAGGAUACACUAGUGCACGACACAGUGAAAAAAGACCAUGCAAUAAACUGGACGAAAAGAAACUGGGGGCUUGUGAAGAUAUAUACAAGCAUUGGAUAAAUAACACGUACAAAAAGAAAUUUGCUAACGCUCCUCACAAAGACAAUAUUACGAGAGAAUUAUCGAAAUUUUAUUAUUACGUGGGAAAAAAACUUGCUGAUUUCAAGAAAAGUUCGCGUGAAAAAGUCACCGACGAAAAUGCAAAAAAGCGACGACAAAACAGCGAUAAAAACAAAAGCAAGAAAAGUAAAAGCAGCGAAGAGACUGACGAACGAAACGAGGAAGACGUAAAUGUUGUUGAGGAUGACGAAGAUAGUCGUUUUUACGAUUACUCGCCCGAAAUUCAUUCAUCGUAAUGGUCAGAAAAGUUUGUUCUUUUAACUAUGUUAUUCAUUUAUUAUAAAUUUAAUUACUUUUUGUUUAUAUGAGUUUAUUAUAAGGUUUUACAUUUAUCAUAAGUUUAAUUACGUUUUGUUUAUAUGAGUUUAUUAUAAGAUUUUUGUCGAUUAAAAACCAAACAAUACACUCAAAUUAGGAGUAUUUUUUUGUAAGUG